AUUGCGGAAUUAUUGUUGACAUAACCAAUAUCCCUUUGAACUUGAUCUAUUUUUCGCGAUAUAAGUGACGUAUAGACCCGAAUUUAACUGUGACUUAUUCCUGAUUACGUGGUUAAUCCUCGAAAAAAGAGCAAUGGGGUCAAGACGAUAGUUGGUACAUUAAUUACAUGAAUUAUUGAUUAUAAAUCAUUGAUUGCAAUGGAAAAAAUUGAGGGAAAAGACGGAAGUUUCGAUAUUGUUGACAAUGUUGUCACAGUGUUGGAGAAAGACUCCAGAGGUUUCCAGAUGUUCACGUAUGGAAUCACUGGAAUUGGGCUCAUGACAGCUUUAUACAGGAUAAGACCUUUCGCAAAGUUCUCAAAUCCAAUGCGAGUUCCAGCCCAGUUCAUAAAAAAACAAACAGUCCUUCGUGGAACGGCAGCACGAAUAGAGCCUGGUACUGCAUCUGUGAUUUUAGUGGACCACACACCAUUGGUUCCUCUCCCACGAUUCGGAAAAUCUAAAUAUUUGCCAGUUAAAAUUGCUGGGGUGGAUAUUAAUGGCCAUGGAAUCAGCUGGCUGUCAACAAUUGUCCAGGGUAACACCAUAGAGUUCAUCCCAAUUCGAAAAACGAAAGAUUUCUUAGACUGCACGGUAAAAAUGUCUCAAAAAGACCAGGAACCCCUGGACGUUGGAAAAGAGCUGGUGAAGCUGGGCUUCGGUACAGUGGGACAACUGCCCUCAAUUCCUGAGGACAAACUCCUAGAGUCUUACAAAAAAACCUUAGAGUCGGCCCAAAACUGGGCAAAGUCAAAACGCAACGGCCAGUGGCACUUCCUCAUCCCUCCAACCUUCACCUGGCGCCUGAGAAAUCUCCUGGAGUCCAAACUUCAUCCACGAACUUGACGGGCACCGAUUUCCCGACAGAUCCUCGAUUACUUAAUACUUAAAAAGAGUCUUGUUACUUUUAUGGGUUUCCUAGCAUUAACGAUGCAUAGAGCCUUCAAUUUAUUCGACAAUACCGUUCGCCAGGUGCGAAUCGCUCUCAUUAAGUUGAGUUUGAUGUACUAUAUUCUUAGAAAUACUGAGCAACGCAGAUAUUUUCGUAAACCAUUGAGAAAAAAUUGAAUAAAUUAAUCUUAUUACCAUUAA